CAUGCACAGUGGCGAGGGGAAACAGCACAGGAAAGCGAAGCAUAGACAACAAGGCCAAGGUCUACCCACCAUCGAAGACUCUUCUGAGGAAGAGGAGUUACGAGAGGAGGAGGAGCUGUUAAGAGAACAGGAGAAGCAGAAAGGCUCUGGGAAGAAGUCGAAGAAGGACAAAGAGGAGAUCCGAGCUCAGAGGAGGCGGGAGCGUCCCAAAACACCGCCCAGCAACCUCUCUCCCAUUGAAGAUGCCUCCCCAACAGAAGAGCUGAGGCAAGAGGCAGAUGAGGAGUUCAGGCGAUCAUCCUUAUCCGAUUUCUCUCCCAGCAUCGAGUCAGAACCAGAGGGAGUUGAGAUCAAUGCUGCAAAGAUUGCAGCAGUACAGAAAGUAUAACUUCCUACAUCUGUUUCUCUCUACUCUCCAACAGCUGAUCAAGGUGCUAAUAAAAGCCCUGAAAAACGAGCCCUGAAAACUGCAGACGAAGCCUACGAAGAUAUCAUGCUAAAGGCUAAAACACCCCACAAAGGAAAAGGUGGACACCCCUCCGGGAAAGAGACGAAAGUCCAGCAGCAGGAGCCUGAGAAAAUCUCAGUGCCAGCUCAGCCCAAAAUACUGAGAUCUCCAGAUGAGGUUUACGAAGACAUGAUGGAGAAGAAGAAAGAAUUCAUGCAGCUGGAGCAGGAACUGAAAAAAGCACAGUCCGUGUCAGAUAGACCCAUACCAGAGAUUGUAUUGCAACCCACUGAGCCAACCAGAUCCACGAGUGUUACAGUUACUAUAGGCAAGGAUGGGAAACCACUGCUCGAUGCUGAGGCUACGUAUGAGGAACUCAUGAAGAAAGUUCUGACUCCUGGGACUAGCCCGACACAGCAGGGUCCUGAUAUAUCUGGGGCGGCCUCUGGUGGUGAGUUCGAAGGUACUGAAUCCAGAAGGGCUCUGCGUCCCAUACCAGACCUGAGGGUUACACAGUGCUCCUCAGGGGAGGAGGAUGCCGAUGAAGAGGCCACUGAGAACAAAAGUCAAGAUAAGCCAAAGACUUCAUCAGACAUUCCUAAAGCUGAUCAGGCACCCUUAACAGCUGCUGCAGAAACUGAGUCCAAAUCAGUUGCUUGCAAGGUCCCCCCAUCAACAACUUCAGACCAACCACAGACCCAAUUUGAAACUUCCCAGGCUGACCAGCCUCUGGACAUAACCCAACAGGAUGUCAUGGACUUGUCUAGUAUGAAGUCCGCAGCCCCUGCUGUUGCCAGUGUAUCGCCCUUACCCACCGUCCCUCAGUACACCCCCACUGUCCCCAGUGUAGUGUCGACCACCCCACCAGUGCCCCCGAAACCAGCCAUCCUGCACAGGGCUCUGUCUCAGGAAAAAGCAGACAUUCCUGAACCCCCUCCACUGCCCCCUCCCACCAUGCCAAAGCCAUCGGUUUACCCCAGGAAACCCCCUGUUCCGCUUCCAUCUCAGGCUAUAAUCAGGUCAGAACAUGUUGCCAUGACAACAGCCCAAGGGUCGCCGGUAAGACAGCCUCAUGUCCCCCCACCGGUUCCUCCAAAGCCAGCCAUCCCUGCUGGAAUGGGGUACAGCCACAGGCCAGGGGAAAACGUCAAACCACCCCUUGCUCCAAAACCUGUCUCUCAGCCUGGCUCUCCUGCCCACAUCCAAUAUCCAAGACCCACUGCCCUCCACACAGGCCAUGCUGAUAUAGCCCUGAAUCUGAGCCCCUCAGCUGAAAGCAGGCCAGGUCACUUCUCAGGUCAUUCCUCGGGUCACUCCUCGGGUCACCCAUCCCCCACUUCUCCGCGAUACGGCAAUCGACACGAAACUUAUGUGGUUAUAACUCUGCCAUCCCAGCCCAACUCUCCAGUGGAAGGGAUCACCACCCAGGCCCCAUCCAGUCCUGGUCCAGCAUCUCCUUCAAGACAUGCCCAACCUCCACCUCAAACUCAAACACAGUAUCAACCACAACCUCAACCCCAGAAACAACCACAGCCACCUCCACCACACACAAAUAGGAUGCCCCUGGCAUUCACUCGCAUCACUGAGUCCAUGGAAAGUCAAGAGAUAUGUGGGCCAGAGAAAGUUGUGUCAAGUUCCUGUCAUGUCAUUGAGGCUAUUUCAGCAUCCGCUCCACCCCCAGAGGUCAGGUUAGGGCAGGUCACUCAGUUUGUGACGACAGAAGUUCAAAGAACCAUGGUGUCUGUCCGACACGAAAGGUCACCGCCUCCACCUCCGGCCCCAAGAGCGAACGGUGUUCCAAUCUCACUGGAGAAACCUAAACCACAACAGACACAGAGUCUCCAGGGCUACCAGCCAGGGGAGGUAGUAGACCUUCGUACCAUGAAGGUGAAUUCAGAAUCGGCCAUGAAAGUGGUGGAUCUGUCUUCUUCAGAUGUUAGACGCCAGUCCUUGGCCACAGACAUCAGCGGUCGUCAGACAAGCGCAGUGCAGUCCCCAGUGGUAAAUCUCAGCACUGAGUCGACCAGUGUUUCCAUAGUGACUGACAGCAUCACCAUAGUUACAUGUGCUGCCACCAUACAAAGUUACGAAAAUACCAACAUAUCCCAAGUCCCUUCUCUGCCCCUUCAGCUUACAACCACAAACAAAGCCUUCGAGCCUGUUUGUCAGAUUAUCUAUCGGCCCAUAGAUGCACAGCCCACAACCAGCAACAAUGCUGAGAUCCCGAUUAACCUUUCUCUAGGACCUGGCACAGGCUUAGGGUCAUUCCAGCCACCUGUCACUAUCGCCCCUACCCCUGCCCCAGGGUGUGUGGCUAAUGGUCUGAGCGUCGGGAUGCCGACAGUAGCAGGUGCGGUGGACCUUAGCACAGCCAAACCCUUCAACACCGUGGUUUCGGUCGACGCUUCCUCCGCGGAAGUGGUCACGGCUGUGAUCACAGAGGAGGAUGGGAAACCCGUGGACCUGACGGCUGGGAGAAGAGCUGUCUGCUGUGAUGUUGUCUACAAGCUGCCAUUUACAGGUAGCUGCACCACCCAGCAGCCCACUACUCCAUUGCCCGAAGACCGCUUCGGUUACCGAGACGACCACUACCAAUACGACCGCUCACCCUACAACAUGAGGGGCUUCGGUGGCAUCAAACCCUCCAUGUCCGACACCAAUCUGGCUGAGGCCGGGCUUUUCCUCUAUAAGAGCAAGAACAGUUACAAUUUCCAUGGCACCACAGAGGGUGCAGUAGACCUGACAUCCUCCAAGACAUCUGAUGCAGGUGUAGCUCUGGACUUCUCCACCAAAGGCUCAGGGUUAUAUUCAGGAAUGAUAAUCCCCCCAUAUUCCCAAGCUAGAGUCAAAGGAGCUGUUGGGACACACUUUGGCACGAGCAGUGUCCUGAGAUCCUCCAAUGGGGUGGUGUACUCUUCAGUCUCAGUACCAAUCCCAUCCACCUACGCCAUCACCACACAACCUGGGUCCAUAUUCAGUACCACUUACAACUCCCUGUCGGCGGGCAUGCACACCAGCGACACCAUGCCAUCCCUGUCCACUCUCCAGAACCAGCCCAUGACUCGGUCCCACAGCUUCAUCUCCACCACCUCUCUUGCUAAAGAUGGCAUAUCCACCUCCGUGGCCCUCAGCACCAAAACAGUCACCCUGGCCCUGGAAAGGCUGGACUCGUACACGGACGCGUCCCUGGAGGCUAUCGCCGCCUCGCUGGAGGCCCUGUCCUCGCCCUGUGUGCCAGGGGAGGGCCAGUACCAGAUGCAGCGUGAGAUUCUGGAGAUGGAGAAGUUCAAACAGCAGCGGUUGGCUGAAGAACUGGAGUGGGAGCGUCAGGAGAUCCAGCGCUUCCGUGAGCAGGAACAGAUGCUGGUGCAGAAGGAGCUGGAGGAGCUGCAGUCCAUGAAGCAGGCCAUCCUGUGCCAGCAGGAGGAUGAGCGCCAGGCCCACCUCAUGAUGCAAAAGGAAACCUAUGCCCAGCAGCAGCAGCAGCUAGAGCAGAUCCAGAGGCUCCAGGAGCAGCUCCGAGCACAGCUGGAGGAGCAGAAGUUCCGGAAGAUGUACCCGGGGGAGGUGUUGCUGGGGCAUGGCCAGCAGGAGGCAGUAGUCCUGGGGCCGGAUGGCACCGAGCUAGCCCGGAAAAUCAUGGAUAGUGGGUGUCAGACGGACGACGAGGACAGUGUUGUCGAUAAAGCCUACACGGCAGGGAGGAAGAAGAGAAGCACGGCCAAGAAGAGCGUAGACAGCUGCGUGCAGACGGACGAUGAGGACCAGGAGGAGUGGGAGCCUGCUCGGGCCAGACGUAGCAGGCCCCGCACGUCAAGGGGGGACAGAGGCGGACAGACUUCCGAUAUAUCCAUUCAGGCUCACUCUGAGAUCUCCAUACAGACGGACUCUGCAGGGAAUGUAAGAAUGGACACCAGGAUGGAGCUCUCCGACUCGGAAAGUCCACAUUGGGAAGACAAGAGACGGCCCACGCCCUUGGAGAUAGAACAGUCUGGCCACCUCAGAGCUGACCCCUCCUCACUUCAGGCCCCGCCCAAAUCCCCCAAUGUUCUCUACUCCCCCAUAUCCCCCUGCAUCCCAAGCAAAUCCCUUGAGUUUGUGUCCUAUGAGAAAUCACUGGGUGAUACAAGCCCACAGAGAAUAAGAGGGAGUACUGAUCCGACCAAAGUCUCUCCAACCGGCAGCCCCAAGGGACCUAAGGCCAUGCAGAGAUCCAUGUCCGACCCCAAGCCCAUGAGUCCAACUGGAGAGGAGAGGGCAUCAUCCAGUUUCCAGUAUGGCGAAGGUUCCUCCGGCAAAAGCUCGUCGGGCAGCACCCCAACUGGCACCGGCAAGAAGGUGAAGAGGACCCUGCCCAACCCGCCCUCGGAGGAGGAGGCAACAGCCGCUGGCCAGACGGCCUACAGCACUGGUUCGGCCCGCCGUCGCAUGUGCCGCAACACCAACAUGGCGAGGGCCAAGAUCCUGCAGGAUAUCGACCGAGAGCUGGACAUGGUGGAGCGUGAGUCGUCCAAGCUCCGCCACAAGCAGGCGGAGCUGGACGAAGAAGAGAAGGAGAUCGACGCCAAGCUACGCUACCUGGAGAUGGGCAUCAACCGCAGGAAAGACGCCCUCCUCAAGGAGAGGGAGAAGAGGGAGCGGGCCUACCUGCAGAGCGUGGCCGAGGAUCGUGACUACAUGUCAGACAGCGAGGUCAGCAACAUCCGGGAGACACGGAGCGGCCGUGGCAGUGGAGAAGAUGAUGAGAUGGGAAGUCACGGGCUGGAGCGCCCCAGGACGGCACCCCAGUCAGAGCUGGAUGAUUUUGUGCCACCACAGACCACACACGAGGCCCAGUACGGCACGUACUCCCAGUACCAGUACCCACUGAGCCAGACGCUGUACCAGCAGCAGUCACUCUACCAAUCUCCCCAGUCCUACCAGUCUCAGUCCAUCUAUUCCUCAGUCCCAUCCCUGUCUAGCUCCCAGCAGCAGAGCUACCACCAGAUGCUCCUUCUCCAGCAGAAGGCAGCCAGGCAGGCGGCCCUGAUCCAAGAGUUGGACGCGUCGUCAAAGUACGAAAUCAUCAGCCGACAGCCCGACCCCGUGUCCUCUGCCUACAUGGGAGGGGUCAGGUACGACAAGUACGGUAACCACUUGGACCUCCGGGCCCUGGAGGUGGGGGGCAGUAUGGCUGGCAGCCCCAUGUCCAACGUGUCGGCCGACUCCUUCUAUGGAGACGUGGAGCACCACCACCACACUCCACGAAGCUACGUCCUCCUAGAAGAUGCGGCAGAGCUGGCCAAGAGCUCCACGAGUCUGGCUUCAUCCAGCUACGCCCAGGCCGAGAAGGAGCUGGCUAAGGCAGAAAGGCUGUUGCGAAGAAGUGCAGCCGACUUGACCUCCACCGACUACCUGGGCUCCAGCUCCAGGCUCCACUCCGGGUAUGGAAAGACCCCAGACGAUGAAGACUCCAUGGACGACCCCUACGAGCUGAAGCUCCUCAAGCAGCAGCUGAAACAGGAGUUCCGGAGGAGCACAGGGGGAACAGAGAGCCUGGACCCGCUGACGGGUCUCUCCCACAACUACUACGGCACCCCCAGCUCGGGUGUCUCCUCCUCCCAGAGUUACUCCCAAAGACACUACCCCAAGACAGAGAAAUACAGCAUCAGCCGGCUGACCCUAGAGAAGCAGGCAGCCAAGCAGCUCCCGGCAUCCAUGCUGUACCAGAAGCACAAAGCCCCGCUGACCGACCCCAAAGUCUCCAAGUACUCCUCGAUGCAAGACGGCAGGAGUCUGGAGACAGACUAUACCAGCUAUUUAGGGUCCAGUAACGUUAGCGCCUCUCCCAGAUCCAGCCGGCUCCUUCAGGACGAGAUCACCUUUGGACUACGCAAGAACAUUGCAGAGCAGCAGAAGUACCUGGGCUCCACGUUGGGUGCCAACCUGGCUGGCUCGCUCAACUUCGGCCAGAGCCUGGCCUUGGACUCGACUUCCUACCCCAGUGGCAGCCGGUCACGGCCCUCUUCUAGGCCCAACUCUGUCUAUGGCCUGGAUCUCUCACUCAAACGGGACCCAUCCAGUUCCUCUUUGAGGCUCAAGGGGGACGGCGAGGCGGCCUCAGACAGCUACCAGAUGCCAUCAGGGCGUGCCAAGCCCACCAGCCUGCCCAUCGUGCAGGGCGGCCGGGGGCGCAUCCCCAUCUUGGCGCAGAACUCUGAGGAGGAGAGCCCGUUGAGUCCUGUGGGCCAGCCUAUGGGCAUGGCGCGGGCGUCAGCGGGGCCCCUGCCGCCCAUCUCGGCCGACUCACGGGACCAGUUUGGUUCGUGCCUCUCCCUGCAGGACUCCCAGCAGCAGCAGCACCUGAGGGAAGAGCCAACGAGGGGUCGAGGCUACGUCUUGAUGGACGACCUCCAGGGCACCAUGUCGGACGGCGAAGCCUACCACCUACGGCGAGAGGAAACGGACUGGUUUGACAAACCCCGCGAGGGACGACCAGAGAACGGACAAGGGCCGGACAGGAGACAGUUUCCUGUAUGUGUCUCUCAGGGGAAGGGUGUUUACUACCCCUUUCCUCACACCAGAGUCAAACUGCAGAGGGAUCCCAAGGACCGCAGCGUGUCAGGGAAUGGAUUGGGUAUCAGAGUGGUGGGAGGUAAAGAGGUUCCAGGGACCAACGGACACAUCGGAGCCUACGUAGCUAAAGUCUUACCUGGAGGAGUUGCCCAACAGACUGGGAAGAUACUAAGAGGAAUGCAGGUGCUGGAGUGGAACGAGCUUCCUCUAACGGGGAUGACCUAUGAGGAAGUGCAGGGGCUUGUGGUACAGCAGUGUGGCGAGGCAGAACUCUGCGUGAGACUAGAUCUGAACAUGCUGGCUGACUCAGAGGGCUCUCAGCACCUUGAUCUCCCAGACCAGAGCAAACCAGGUGACAGACCCCCCAGGUCUCCGGGGGUGGAUCCGAAACAACUGGCUGCAGAGCUACAGAAGGUGUCCCAGCAGCAGGCUCCUCCACCUACCACCGCCACGUCCUCCUCCUCCACGGUGGGGGGAGAGAAAGGACCCCACUCUGCCAUCUCAGGCGCCGCCUCGGCCACUUCUAGCGCCAUCCAGAGUCCGGGACAGCCGGGGUCGCCCUCCGUCAGCAAGAAACGCCACAGCAGCAAGUCUGCGGAACCAGUGAAGACACAAUCCCACCCUGUUACUGGAGAGAUACAGCUUCAAAUCAACUAUGACAAGCAGCUGGGGAACCUGAUUGUUCACGUGCUCCAAGCCAGGAACCUGGCCCCCCGAGACAACAACGGCUACUCCGACCCCUUCGUCAAAGUCUACCUCCUACCGGGGAGGGGUCAGGUCAUGGUUGUCCAGAAUGCCAGUGCUGAGAAUAAGAGGAGAUCAAAACAAGCUGGCCAGAGUCUGAACCCAGAGUGGAACCAGACUGUUAUCUAUAAGAACAUCCACCUGGAACAGCUGAGGAAGAAGCUGCUGGAGGUGAGCGUGUGGGACUACGACAAGUGCUCCUCCAACGACUUUCUGGGAGAGGUGUUGAUGGACCUGUCCAACACAGCUAACAUGGACAACGUCGCACGCUGGCUCCCUCUGAAGGAACAGAGUGAGGGAGAGCACCACCGGCGCUCCCUUUCAGCACAGGGGCGCCAGCACUCCCCCAAGCCCCCCUCGCAGCACGCCUCCCCCAAAACCCCUGCCCACGGUAACCAGGACUCCCCCAAGCCCCCCUCGCAGCACGCCUCCCCCAAAACACCCGCCCAUGGGAACCAGGACCCGCCCAAGUCGUCGGUCAUCAAGAGCCGGAGCCAUGGGAUCUUCCCUGAUCCCGCCAAGGACACGCAGGUGCCCACUAUUGAGAAAUCUCACAGUAGCCCCGGCACAUCGAAGCCUUCCCCGUCCGAGGGCCACAGCCAACAUACGCCACGCGCGGCUCCACGUGCGGCGCCUCGCAAAAGUGCAAGGCAACACCAGCAGGAUGGCGCCGGCGGUGUCGCUGUAGCAACGGGUGAAGCUCCGGCUCCGCAGCAACAGCACCGCCUCCAACCAAUCUCCUACCCCCCAGCCCAAAGAGGCCGCCUCUCCCUGAGGCACCACAGACACACCAUAGUGGGCGUGCUCACCAUUCAGAAAGCCCAAUCCGAUUCGCUCCCCGCCCCGCCGGGCCCGGCAGCAUCGGCCACUGGGAGCCAAGCAGACAGCAGACACCUGACCUUCAGGAAAGCCAUGUCUGAAGAGAGGCCACAGAGAGAAGGAGCACGGCCCGGCAGGUCCGGCGACGCCCCGGUAACAGCCGCCUCAUUGGACAGUGGUCUGAGUGGCAGUGCUCACAGCCUAUUGGAGGAUGAGGGUGGGACUAAUGCCGUGGACAGUGCCAUCUUCCAGGUCCCUCGGUUUGGGAAGAUUCCAAAUGGCACCGACGUGAUGAUGUCACCAAUGGGCCAUAUGGACUCUGAGGGUAAGACCCAGGUAAUGGGAGAGAUCAAGAUAGCUCUGAGGAAGGAGCUGAAGACAGAGGGAGACCAGCUGGUGUUGGAGAUUCUCCAGUGCAGAAACAUCACCUACAAGUUCAAGUCUCCAGACCACCUGCCAGACCUCUAUGUGAAGCUGUAUGUGGUGAACAUUGCGACCCAGAAGAGGAUCAUCAAGAAGAAGACCCGGGUAUGUCGUCACGACCGCGAGCCCUCCUUCAACGAGACCUUCAGAUUCUGCAUGAACCCCACCGGCCACUCUCUGCAGCUCUUCCUGGUGUCCAAUGGGGGGAAGUUCAUUAAGAAGACCCUGAUCGGAGAGGCCUACAUCUGGCUGGAUAAGGUGGACGUGCGGAAGCGAGUGGUCAGCUGGCACAAACUGCUGGCUAGCUCUGCUCAGAUCCACUCCUAAAGAACCUACUGUUAACCUUGUCUAUUCUAUAGGCUCUUAACUCGCAGAGAGAAAGACGAGGAUGGCUAGGGCGCUCGAGUUUACUGUCGCCAUCACUGAUCCACUCUUUAUGGACCUACUGGACAUACUCACAGGUCCAGCAUUGGGGUCGGGCGAGGACCGUUAGGGUGCGGGAGUUAGACAUCUCUUCCGUAUCCUGUGGAUCUUGAGUUUUGGUGUCAGGGGUCAGCGUUUGAAUUGCUUGAGCUGUGACUAGGGAUUGGCUAGUGGGGAGGAAGUAGGUAUGUGUUUACAGGAAAUUAACUUGUGUUUACAGGAAGUAGUGUAGCCAGGGCAGGGAGGAGGACAUUGAGGCAACAAAGCAAGAACAGAAUCAACCAGGUAUUACACAUACACUCACACACACAGUCAACAACACAUUCAAACACACCACAAAGAAAGAUGAUCGUAAGAGACUGACACAUAAAUACAGGGGUUGGACAUGUUUAGAUUCUCUCAUUGCUUUAUUUGACUGGAGAUGUUUUUAUUUAUGAAUGAAAUUAUAACUACCUGUGGAUUCCCCUCGUGGCUUUGUAUAUUGUUAGAAGAAUUUAAUUAAUUUAUGAAGCAUUUUGGGAAUUAAAUGUUGAAGAUUUAUUAUAUGGAGAUUGCACCUCUUAUUUUUGUAUUAUAAUUAUGAUUAUUAGAGUUUUAUUGAUUAUUCUCCUCAAUUGUUUAAGUACUGAAUGAUUAAUGAAUAAUUUUUUAUCCAGGGACGCACAGUAUAUUUUGUGACAUACUCUCACUUUAAUUCUAAUUCUCGAUUUGAAAUGACUCCCUCAUCUGGCACAAGGUACAAAGACCUUGGCAAGCAUGUUUUUACAUUUUGGGACAACAAUAUUUCCCCUUCUCUUCUUUCUCUAGAUGUAAAUUUAGAUGCUGAUAUAUCAGAUAUAUUAUAUAAACAUUGUUCUAAGUAUAAUUGGUGUGGUUUUAACAGACUGGGUAGUCUUGUGCACAGGGUCAUGUUUAUUAGGCACCAAAUGGAAGAAAACAGACUGAAACAAGGAGGGACUACCUGGUGUUGUCCAGGAAGAAAUGCUCAUUUUAGUUUUCAGUUGCAAAAUGUUUUCUGCUGGGUGACCUAAUGAACGUGACAGUGAAAAGUUGCAUUGUUGCCUUUGAGGUUGACUUUGUAUAUAGUUGAGUACACUGUCGUUGUGAGAGAUAAAUAGAUAUAUUCUUAUCACAGACAAUCCGUUGUGGAUGAUUGUGGCUUAACGUAUUAUUUUUGAAAUGUGAAAUAUUGGGCACAGGUUUUAGCUGUGAUUCAAGCCUGGUUUUCCUCCUAGUAAGAUACACAGUGAACUGCUAUGCGUAAGACUAGCAUAGUUCUGACUUCUCCUUACAUUCACACAUUUGAAAUAUCUCUUCACAUGCACACUUUCAUGUUUUACUUAGCACUUUGUCAAGUUAUCGAAUGUAUAGAUGAAUAUACAGUAUGUCCCCACUCGUAGAGAAAUAUAAUAUAUAUAAGUAUGUCAAAUGAAUAUAUUAAAUAAAUGAUGAUAAUGAUAAUGAUAGUAAUAUAAUAUAGUUGACCAUACUUGAUUACCCUCUUGGCCUGUGUAUAGUAAAGUGUGUCCCAUGGUUCAUAUAUCAGGGUCCCCUCCAAACAGUCUAUCUAUACAUUGGAUGGGUGGGUGGGGUGGGGGAGUAGGUGGAUGCGGCAUGCUUUGGACGGUUUCUGUUGGUGUGUCUAUCUCCAUCACAUGUCUAGGUACAAACUAUCCUAUUGGGCUCUCUGUUUUUCUAUGGGGAGAGGUUGGUAGCUGGGGCUAUUGUUUGAACAUGAGUUCAAUCAAAGUUGCUUUGAUUAAGAAAUGCUACAAUGCUCCUGGGUGGCGCAGUGGUCUAAGGCACUGCACCAGAGACUGGGUUCUGUGCCACCAGAGACUGGGUUCGAGCCCAGGCUCUGUCGCAGCCGGCCGCGAACGGGAGGCCCAUGGG